ACUGUUUGCUAGUUGAAUGGGCGUGGCCUGCAAUACUCAAAAUGGUGGAGCAUCAGAAAGCUAAAGUUCAUGAGCUCGAUUUGCACAGGAAAAGGCUUUCCAGAAUUGAAGGCUUGGACAAGUUCAAGCACUUGCACUCAUUGGAUGCUUCUUGCAAUAAACUCACAAAGAUUCAAGGCUUGGAGCAAAACAAGGAGCUCCGAGAACUGAAGCUCUAUGGCAACGAGAUCACAGUUAUGGAGGGGCUGGACAAAUUGAGUGACUUGUGUGUUCUACUCUUGCAACACAAUAAGAUAGCCUCCAUAGGCACUGGUCUGUCCAACCUUAAGAAGUUGAAACAGCUCAGAUUGGACCACAACCAUCUAACGAGUGUGUCCCACAGUGAUCUGGUGUCAUGUGGUAAUCAUAUGACCCACUUGGACCUCAGCCACAAUCUCCUGACAUCGGUACAAGGGUUAGGGUCUCUUGGCAACCUGGAGGAGCUCUAUCUAGCAGGGAACAAACUGACGUGCCCUCCAGAUCUGGCUAGAUGUAGAAAACUCACAGAAUUGAACCUAUCAGACAACCCGCUGACACUGGGCUCCCUCUCAUCAUCACUCAAGCCACUCAACCAGCUCAAGGUCCUUUGUCUGGAUCGGAUAGCCCUCUGUGACCUCUCCCCACUGCCCAAGCUAGUCUCCCUGGACACACUGCACUUGUCAGGUAAUAGCCUGGACACACUCGCUCCAUUGGUCAAGCUCUACCCUAGCCUGGAGGUGCUGGAUGUGGGGGAUAACUGCCUAGCAACAGUGGAGGCUGUGGGGGGUCUUCAGCAGCUGGCCAGUCUCUCUGAGAUAAUGCUGGAGGGCAACUCACUCUGUCAGCAUUUAAAUGAUUAUAGGAAAGAUGUACACAGUGUUCUGCAAAGAUUGGAAAUGAUCGAUGGGGUUGCUGUAUCGCUACUCACGCCCACUCUACCACACCCCCUCCAAAUGCGACCAUUGACACCAUCUAGUAUAGGCCCCACCCUUCGUCAGAUGGAACGGCACUUUCUGGAGGCGGAGCUUCAGUUGCAGGGACUGGAGGGAGAGAUGACCGCGCGCUUUGACCUCACUCGGGCUAAGAUGGAGGCAACAAUGAGAGAAAAUGAAGUUAGGCUACGAAACGAUGGAGUGGCAUCACCAAAGAAACGGUAUGAGAAUGAACAGCCCCCGAAUGGGAAUAGAGCUUUGGACGUACCAACAAGUGAAGGAGACAGUGACGUAGUGCAGUCAUCCAGACCCUCUACAAGGUGUGGGAGCCGAGCCAAGUUGAGUGAGGCACUUGCCCUGGCCGCCCUCUACCCUGAUCACAUGACCUAGCAAUUGAACUCAUCAACAUUACCAUUAUCAUAUCCCAGUUCAAUUCCAUGCAUUUUGAAUCUUUUGUCUUUGUUGACCCUUUUCUUUGCAGUAAAGAUCAUCUCAUCUA